AUGCCAACACCGUGCAGAUUAUUAAGAGAACGUGGAGAGCAACAUCGUCUUACACAUAUUGAUCAAAAAAUAACCUAUGAAAUAUCAGAAUUAAUCGGCGAAUUUACUGCUGUUUUUGAAAAUUUGAAAUUUAGUAAAAAACCAACAUUACAAAACGUGAUUCCAAGUUAUUAUCUUAUGAAACAAUAUUGUAUUGUUGAUAAUAAACGUAAGAAUUCAAUUAUAAAUCAACUAAAAUCAGAAAUAAAUAAACAAUUAGAUGAUAAAUACUGGACAACAACAACGUCUUUACACUGGAUUGUAACAUAUUUAGAUCCAUUGUUCAAAGAAUUAUCUUUUGUAAAUGAUCGUAAAUUUUUAGAUGAUCAAAAAAACGUAUUAUAG